CGCUCUUCCAUCGCUUCUUUCCACAUGACCUCUAACUGUCGACAAUUCCUUUUGCUGCUUUGGAAAAAGGACCGCUCAAUUGUUAUCGUCUGAAUACAUCUCACUCCUUUGUUUUUAAUUUAUCACGAAAAGAGUUUGUAAGGAAAGAAUAUGGGUCGCUCUAAGUCCACUCCUUUACAAAAGGUUCCUAGUGAAGAGAAAGAAGUCUUCGGACGCAGGGAAGUUGGCGACUCUACUUUCCGUGCUCUAUUCGCGGGUGAACCCGUCGGGACCGACAAAUCAUGUAUGCCUUCUCACGAUAAAACGACGCCACUUCGCACAGUCCACGCAACACCAUCUCAAACGCAAAACCCCAAAGCAAAGAAGAGAUCAAAGAAGCAAGUAAGUUUUAAGCCGGAAAACCAAGGAUUUAUUUCUUCAAUCGAGGUUCCGGAAAUAUCUAUUGAGGUUGUCGAGGAUUCCCAAUCCGGCAGAAAUGUUUUCAUCUUUUAUCGAUUUCAGCAGGACGAUAGUAACCGUUCAGGAAAUAGCUCUAUAUUCACGAAAGCACUAAAGCUUCCCGAGGCAACUGUACAAACGGACAAAGACCUGGGGGUGGACAAGCCACUCUGUUUGCCAGUACGGACGUCUUUGGGCGCUUUUGACUUAUGGAAGGCUUUUCAGCUUCCUUUACUUGGGAAAAGCCCAAAGAUCUUUCAAGAAAUUCUGGACAGUAAUCUCAUAAUUCUCUUCCUGAGACGUUCAGACACAAACAAUUGGUGUCUGGAUGUUUCACUCACGGAGAAAGCACUGGAUUGCUGUCGCCCUGAAGUGCUGCCUAUAAGACGGCCGGCAAACGCGAGGCGUUACAGCGCUGCCAACAGCAUCCACUCAGUCCUUGCUGCUCUCUUUCCAGACACCAUUAUUCAUGAUACUUUACCCAACGUGGUGUCUACUAUCGAUUUCUCUCCGAUUUCUGCCCGACAAAUAUACGCAUUGACUGAUAACAAGCAGCUCAUCACUCAUUUAGAACGGGAAAGCGUACCUGAUGACCUCGUCAUUCCAGAUCUCAAACCUAAAUUACGUCCGUAUCAAGCUGAAGCUGUGAAAUGGAUGUUAGAACGUGAGCGGUCGAAAGCCGAAGGUGAGGAGUGGAAAUUGGCUUGGGUAGGGUUGAGACCCUUCGGAGAUCCUUUACCAUUGAGUCAAGUCGCGGAAGAUGAUCGACAUGGCAAUAUCUUCUUCUCACCUUUUGUUGGGUGGAUUACGAGAACUUAUUCAGCUGCCAAAUCAAUGAUGGCGGACAACAUGCCUCAACCGAGAGGUGGGAUUUUGGCUGAGUCGAUGGGCUUAGGAAAAACUGUAGAAGUAUUGUCUUGCAUCUUGGCCAAUCGAAGACCAACAGUCGCAUCUUUACCUGUACCUUUUGCGAGACGGAACCUUGAUUCCGAAUUUAGUCGGUCACGUGACGUCGCUGAGUGUCAUGACGACUUAUCUGAACAGAAUCGUUCUACUGAGGUCCGAGACGUUGAGUAUCGGAAGGAACGCCGAAGUGAAACAUAUUUUAAUAAAGGUGACACAGUGACGUCAAGAAAUCCUCAUCUUGAAUCAUUUGCAGGUAUCUCUUGUCUUUCAAUUGCGGCAACGAACACCCGUCUGGUAACACCGGAGCCAAAAAGAAACGAUCUCCCCGUGGCGACCGAACAGUGGCUUCAGGAUGAUUACAUUGGAUCAUGCAUAUGCGGAAAGCUUAUUUCCCUUCCUGAUCUAAAAAAAGAACUGAUCAUUAUAUGUUGCUCCUGUAAAGAGCCUAUGCAUGAAUUUUGUGCAUCAUUCGACUCGACAGAUGCGUUGAUGAAGGCAAGCACCCCAUAUACAUUUCGUCGUUCACCCUCAGGUCCUGGCAGUCACUGUAGACUUUCAAUGGAUGAAGCUUGCUGCCCUUGCUGUUUUUUAAGGAAUGGGCAAAUGACCAUUAGUAGAGCUACCUUGAUUGUUACCCCUUCCGCCAUCCUUCGUCAAUGGGAGCAAGAGAUUCAAAAGCAUACUGUUCAACUCGAAGGGCGGUCAACGAAAUGUAUUGUGUAUAAUGGCGUGGAAGCAACGUGUAAGAUGAAGCACUGGAAGAAAGAGUGCUUUAGUGAUGCCAUACAACUUAUUCACCCUGCACGACUUGCUGAUGCUGACAUUGUGCUCAUAACUUUCGACACACUCAUGUCAGAUCUAAACCAUUCGGAUGAUAAUCGCUUCCUUGCGGGGAUUCGAAGUGAACAAGGCAACCUUAGAAGAAGAAAGAGAUACCGAGUUGUCCCAUCUCCGUUGACGAAAAUUCGCUGGUGGCGCAUAUGUCUUGAUGAAGCUCAAAGAGUGGAGACACCUACUGCAAAAUCUGCCAUCAUGGCCUUGAAACUCGAAACCGAUCAUCGCUGGUGUGUCUCCGGUACCCCCAUCGGGCGGGGAAGAGUGGAAGAUCUAUAUGGAUUGCUCCUUUUUCUUCGCAUGCUGCCUUUUCAGGAUAUUGCGUUGUUUCUAAAAUGCUUCUCGUUAGCACAUAGAGGUAUUGAAGAAAGAAUUCAACAACUCCUUUGCAAGGUAUUUUGGAGGUCUACCUCCGAGCUUGAUUCAGUUCGAAGACAGAUGGGGGUGCCUGAGCAAGUCGAGGAAAAGGUUUUGCUACGGUUCUCGUCGAUCGAGAAACACUUUUAUGAGAGGCAACUUGAGCAGACCAUCACCCUGGUUGGUGAAAUCACAGAACGAGAGAGCGAGGGGAAAAGAUCAAAUUCCAACCGAUUGACUACAUUGGCUGAUCGCCUUCAUAAACUACGUGCAGCAUGUUGCCAUCCACAAGUAGGUUCAAGUGGUAUAGGGCGGGGUCAUGCUUCUAGACUUUUGGGAAAACGCCGUGAAGGUUCCAUGUCGAGCUUAAAUUCGCGAGUUAUGACAAUGGAUCAGAUUCUCGAACGCUUUAUCGAGGAGGCAAAGUUAAAGUGUGAGGAGUCACAGCGUUUAGCCGUCAUGCACACAAACGCCAUGGCAGCUCUAUCAACGCUGAAAAUUGAAGCAAAAAAAUUCUUUGGAGUAAAUGUGGAAGAAGAGGAUGAGAUUUUAAUGAAGAAAAGCUGUGACUUGUAUCAGGAGUCUCUUAUGCAAACUGAAAAAAAUGCUGCACCAACGCUUGUCAUAGGGGAAGCGGUUGUAACUGGGAUGAAAGGCUUCCAGUCUCCAUAUUCUAUUGUCGGGAAUGGCAAAUUGCGACUGGAAUGGAAAUUCUCCAAGAAUGCAAACACAAGCAUUUGGGCCCAGAUUGAUUUUCAAUGUGCGAAAAAGUUAACCGAAAUUCGCCUCAGACCCCUGCGCGAGUCUUCCACCCUAGAUGUUUUGGUGGAUGGCCAACAAAGAUCCCUGUGUCCCAGAGACUGCACAAUACAGGUUCCUUAUCAAGGGGCUGGCGACGAAUGGAUCGACGUUUCAAGAAUUUUUCUUUCGGAGUAUGCGGGAUUGAAUGAUUGGAGCUUUGCAACGGGAUUUCACACUAAAAAAUCGAAGACUUGGCGAAUUUGCCUGUCCGGCUGCUUUCCACCGAGCGAGAAAGAGGUUCAUGGACGACAGGCCACCAGUUCCUUAGAAUCUGAGUUCUGUGUCGGACUUGAAUGCGAGCUGUUUGAAGCUACGAUUGCACAGGAUCCUUUACAACGACUGCAUUCCCUGAACAACGGGGCGUUAUGUUUGGAAAGAUAUGCCGGGAUUUCACAAGAAGGUUCGGCUGUGAUAGAUCGUGAAGCUUUGACGGAGCAAGUUUUGUGUUCACGGGCGAAAAGAAUGAAAGACGAAGCAUGCCAAAUCGAAAGUCUCUAUCUGGCCUCAGCAAGAGCGACCCAUGACAGUUGUAAAAAUCAUUUUCAGAACAUUUCAAGCAAGAGAUUGUAUCACGAUGAAGCACUUGGGAAGUUAUCACAACAAGGAACGCAUCUUUCCCAGAGUGGUGGAGAUUGUUGGGACGAAAAGUGGUGGGACGAGUUUUUGGUUCUUUGCUGUCUGUACGGCAAUGAAGGUGAGCAGAGGCAAAUUGUCGAGAGGAUUCUGCAAGAUUUGGAAGGAUACACCAGUCGGGGAUUCAGCGCUGCUGUGGACACUCAAAACGGCUUUAUACCCUUUCCUGACUUCAACGAUAUCGCUGGGCUUCGAACUGCCAUGGACCUGCGAAUACAAGGAAUUCGAGUAGGCCUUAAGGGCAAACCGCCACGGACGAGCAAAAGUGGUUCAAGGGGUUUCAAAAUGCGUGAAGCCACAAACAACUUGGUUGUCCAGGAGACCAGGAAGUUAACGCAGUUUCGAUGUCAGCCUGGAAUGCACUCAAAGACAAUGGCUACUGUUCUUUCCCUAAGUCCUUUCCCUCAAAAGGAUGAGAUUGUUGAAAACAGUUGCUGCAGGGUGUGCAAAGCCGACUGGAAGCAGACCGGCCCGGAAUGUCGCCACUGCAAGAUUGGUGACGUCCUUGAUGAGCUUGAAGUAGACAAGGUGACUUUGCUCGUUCUGAGGUCGGUGUACGCACAGAUCAAAUCGAUGCUAGAGUCAAAGUUUCUCAGGGACGUUGGUACGCACAUAGAAGAAAGAGCCAAAGAAUUUUUCAGCGUUCUCGAAUGGCAGAAACGGGAAAAACUUGCUGCUUCUAGCUUAUGGAGGGUCCACUUGGACUUGCUCAACGACUUGGACGAGUUAAAUCAGUGCAAGAGGCCAAUGAGACUGCUUCAGGCGGGCGAAGAUCCAACCAAAUUUUCGGAUGAUGAAUUGAACGCGAUCGUCUUUCCCGUGGAUGCGUGCCCCAGGUAUCAUGAUAGUGCCGCAAAACAAGCCAUGGCUUUGGGUGAUCUUCGACGAGCGCAUCAAUCGCUACGCUAUUUAAAGAACCAGUGGCAUAGCCGAAAGUAUUCCGCGGAAGGUGAUGAAGAAACCUGUGUUGUAUGUUUAAGCGAAUUGACGGGGGAGCGAGCGGUUCUUCGAUGCGGACAUUCGUUUCACUAUACUCCUUGCCUAGAAAAGCUUCGUACAAUUUCGGGAGAAAUCAAAUGUCCACUACGGUGUACCGUGCGCACAAGCAGAGAGGAUGUGAUGGUUGCUGUCGAGAAGAGCAGUUCUAAUGGAAGUGAAACUCGUCGAGUAGUGAAAGGAAGCUGGGGAACAAAAGUCACGAGACUUGUUGCUGAUAUCAUGGACGUGCAAGAUAAAGGAGAAAAAUCCAUUGUUUUCAGCCAAUGGGAAGAUAUGAUUGAUAUUUGUCAGCAAGCUCUGGAAGACAACGCUGUUGGGUACACACGUGCAAGAAGCCUAAAAGACCUUAGUGGUAGCGUCAGAGACUUGCAGUCUGUGGGUUGCGAUGUUCUACUUUUGAAUGUCAAGAAGGCUGCUGAGGGUUUGACUAUUUUGGAGGCGUCCCAUGUUUUCCUAGUUGAACCUCUGUUGAAUCACAGUCUUGAUAGCCAAGCUUUAGCUAGAAUAAAUAGAAUUGGACAGACAAGGAAAACAUACGUUCACAGAUACAUCAUGGAGGACACAAUCGAAGUCAAAAUCGACAGCUUUAGAUUAAAAAAUGAAGGUAGCGUACUCCUGGCUAACAACGACAGCAGAAAGCCCUCCAUUAGUGCCGGUGGGGCUGAUGGGGGUUUCCAUUCACGAGAUGAGCUCAUGAACAUUCUCAAUAGCUAGGAAGCUUUAUUAACUUAACAUAGGCUAGGUAGGUUGUGU